GCUUAUCAAAAUCUGUUGCGAUAUCAGCUGGAAUCGUAAACCCUAUAAGUGUAAUACACUUAAGGGCCUCUAUUAAAAAUCCAUUCAUUACAAAAGCCGAUGCACUUUAGUUCUUGCUUCGUGCGCCGCUCGUACAUCGAUAUGGAUGCCACACAAUUUGAUAAGCUCAACAGAUUGAUGGAUGGCAAUCUUAAAACAAAACUGACCAGUGAUAAAGAUUGCGUGAUUUACACAACUGAGCUGUUUGGUGUGGAUAGCAACAGCGAUCAGCAUGCUGGGGAGGAGGAGGAGGAGCCAGAGGAGGAGCACUUACGCACUCGGGAUACAUGGGGCAAGGGCAUUGAGUUUCUGUUCUCCUGCAUUGCUUUGAGCGUCGGCCUAGGCAAUGUCUGGCGUUUUCCGUUUAUAGCACUGGAAAACGGUGGUGGCGCUUUUCUGAUACCAUAUCUGGUGGUGCUUGUACUGGUGGGCAGACCCAUUUAUUAUCUGGAGGUUACAAUCGGACAGUUCAGCAGUCGGGGCUGCAUAGGCGCCUUUGACUUGGCACCCAUCAUGAAAGGUGUUGCCUAUGGUCAGGUGUAUUCCACAGCUCUGGCUACCACCUACUAUGCCUGCAUCAUGGCGUUGACCAUACGUUAUUUGGUGGCCUCCUUUUCGGAGGUGCUACCCUGGACAUACUGCCUGGUCGAGUGGGGCAGUUCGUGUGUGGCAACAGCUGCAACUGCCACAAAUAGCAGCAACACGUCCAUGCAUGGUGUAUCCUCUGCAGAGUUAUACUUUACUCGCACUGUGCUCAGGGAACCCCCAAAUUUGGAUGGGGGCCUUGGGACGCCCAGCUGGGAGAUGAUCUUGUGUUUGAUGGCCACAUGGAUCAUCAUUGCCAUCACCUUGUUCAAGGGUAUACGUAGCUCGGGCAAAGCAUCCUAUUUCCUGGCUCUGUUUCCCUAUGUCAUCAUGCUGAUCUUGUUGAUCAGGGCGGUCACAUUGCCGGGUGCCUGGCAGGGCAUCCUCUACUUUGUGCAGCCCCAGUGGAGUCAGUUGCUCAAUCCGCAUGUCUGGUACUCGGCCAUCACACAAAUGUUCUUCUCGUUGGCCAUCUGCUUUGGCACCCUCAUCAUGUAUGCCUCCUUCAAUGACUUCAAUAAGCGUGUCCACAAGGAUGUCAUCAUUAUCACCACUAUUGAUUCCUUCACCUCCAUGUUGGCUGGCUGCAUCAUCUUUGGCAUUCUGGGCAAUCUGGCUUACGAGACAAACACCACGGAUAUUUCGCAAGUGGUCAAAGGUGGGGCAGGAUUGGCUUUCAUCUCGUAUCCAGAGGCCAUAGCCAAGUUCAAAUAUUUGCCACAAUUAUUUGCUGUGCUCUUCUUCUUCAUGCUGCUGGUGCUGGGUAUCGGGAGUAACAUUGGCAUGGCCUCGUGUGUGAUCAAUGUGGUCAAGGAUCGCUUUCCCCAUCUGCCCCAUUGGCAGCUGGCCAUUGGCGCCUCACUGAUUGGUUUCGUGUGUGGCCUGGUCUAUAUGACGCCGGGUGGACAAUUCGUUUUGAAUCUGGUGGAUUUCUAUGGUUGCACUUUCAUUGCUCUGGUGCUGGCGAUAGCCGAGCUUCUGGCCGUCUGCUGGAUCUAUGGUGUGCGACGUCUGUGCAGCGAUAUUGAGUUUAUGCUCGGCAUCAAGACGAGUUUCUAUUGGCGCAUCUGUUGGGCAAUUGUGGCGCCGGGUCUGAUGUUCCUCGUCCUCGUCUACAUGCUCGUCAGCUAUGAGCCCCUUACGUACAAGGGAGUGGAGUAUCCUCCGUUGGCCAAUAUGGCUGGCUGGCUUAUUUGGGGACUGGGCGUAGCACAGCUGCCUUUCUGGGCACUCUACAGCAUCUAUCAGCAGCCGGGAGAUAGCUUCAAAGCCAAACUGAAAUUGGCUAUGCAAACCACCUCGGAUUGGGGUCCUCGUCAGCCCCAGCAGCUGCAGGCUUACUUUCUGCACCGCAAACGGGUGGCUGAGGCCAAGCAGCGUGGUGGCAACUUCUUUUUUGACAACAUUUUUGGUUAGUUAAAAGUUUGUGAUUGGUUUCUGCAUUUUCAAAAUACUUUUUGUACGCUUUAUUUUGUUUUGAAGUAACCCCAAAAAACCGCAAGAUUUGAAUUGAUUUUAAUUGAUUGCUGUUUACUCAAAGCUUUUAGCUUGAAUUAUGAAAAGAUUUUUAAAA